ACAUCAUCAUCUACCAACACAUAUAUAUCCUUCAAGAGCUGGCCUAACUCCCAUGCCUCCACCACCGCCGGUCAUCCCCACCGUGCCGCAAAGGCGCAAACCUCCUAGCAUCUGCUGCUGAACCAUCACUGUCCAAUUCAAACCCCACUCACUUCACUAGGCAUUAGAAUGUAAAAAGCAUAUAAAAACAAGAGAAUGGAACCCACCACAGACACUGAUAAUACACAAGUGGGGUUUGUUUGUCGUUCACGAUUGGCAUUUCCUUCCUUUGGUUCAUCGCUCUUCUGCUUCAGUUCUCAUCACUUGUAUUGGUUCACCAAUCUCAGAUAGACAGAGUGAAUGGAUAACGGAAGCGAGAGGUGGAAUUUCCAAGGUAACAAAGGGCUCAAUGCUUCAACCGUCUCUGUGAGUGGGGUCUAUAGCAUGCUCAUGGAUAGCAUCAGCAACAAUGUAGACAACAAAAAACCUCUGGUUCGCCUCUGUCGUGUUGAUCCUACUGAUAAUCCAUUGUUAAGGACUACCCAUGUUGCUCCUGAUGCUGUUGCAACUGCUGCUCACUCCAUUAACUUCAAUUGUUACCCUCCCACUGUUGGCUUACCUGAUGCAAAGAGGGCUAUUGCAAAUUAUCUCUCUUCAGAUCUUCCAUACCAGUUAUCACCAGACAAUGUUUUUCUCACCGUUGGGGGCACACAAGCUAUAGAUAUAAUAUUACAUGUCCUUGCACGUCCUGGUGCCAACAUUCUCCUUCCAAGACCAGGGUACCCACUAUAUGAUGCUCAUGCUGCUUGUUGUCUCCUUGAAGUUCGGUACUUUGAUCUCUCGCCUGAGAGAGGAUGGGAGGUUGACCUUCAUUCCCUUGAGGCUCUAGCAGAUGAGAACACUGUGGCCAUGGUUAUAAUCAAUCCAAGCAAUCCAUGUGGGAAUGUGUGCACGUUGCAGCAUUUAAAAAAGGUUGCUGAGACUGCGAGGAAACUUGGAAUCUGUGUAAUUUCUGACGAAGUUUAUGCCCAUGUAGCUUUUGGAAGCAAUCCAUUUGUGCCAAUGGGAGUGUUUGCAUCAAUAGUGCCAGUUAUCACAAUUGGGUCCUUAUCAAAAAGAUGGUUAGUUCCUGGUUGGAGAAUUGGCUGGAUAGCCACAAUGGACCCCCACGAAAUUUUUCAAAAAACUGGGAUCAAGACAAAUAUCAUCAGCUAUUUGGAGAUCACUUCUGACCCUCCAACCUUCAUGCAGGCUGCAAUACCUCAAAUCCUUGAGAGAACAAAUGAUGAUUUCCAUUUUAAGAAUCUGAAUAUGAUGAGAGAGGCUGCAAACAUAUUCUAUGAUGUAUGUAAGGAGAUCCCUUGCUUGACAUGCCCUCACAAACCCGAAGGAGCCAUGGCUGCAAUGGUGAAGAUUAACUUUUCAAAAGUUAAGGACAUUGUUGAUGAUUUGGAUUUCUGUGUCAAGCUGGCCAAAGAGGAAUCUGUAAUUCUUCUUCCUGGUGUUACUGUUGGACUAAAGAAUUGGCUUCGGAUUAGUCUUGCUGUUGACCCUUCUGAUCUUGAAGAGGGCCUAAGCAGGAUGAAAGCAUUCAGCCUUCGGUAUGCCAAGAUGUCAUAAAUCAUGUCACACGGGAGGGUGUGUUGAAUCUUAGGUCUGAGAUAUCUCCUAAUGAGCCAUCUUUAAGGCAAGAUAUAUGUAUCAAGAAACUGCAUUUUAUAUUAUGUUUCAUGAUGCUCUAGGUUCAAACUUGAAUUAUGGCUUUUCUAUUUGUCUGAUCUGAUGGAAAUAUCAGAACAAAUUUCCUUAUCAAAAUGGAAUAAAAAAACAAAUAGACUCAGUGAGAUCUGGAGGAGAAACUCAUCUUGAACCAGUGAAACUCGACACACUGAUCCAACUUCAUAUAAAUGU